GCCAAUGGCUGGCGGACUGGCCUGAGGUUCCCGGCGUGCAGCGCGGCUGCCUGAGGGCAGCGGGCUCAUGGCGCCGGGGUGGCGGCUGCUCGCGCUCUGGGCGCUGGCGGCUCUGGUUGUACCCAGCUCGGGACAGGAGGGCGACGGCGGGUGGCGCCGGGGCGGGCCGGGGGCUGUGGCGGAGGAGGAGCGCUGCGAGGUGGAGCGCCGCGCCGACCUCACCUACACCGAGUUCGUGCGGCACUACGCGUUCGUCAGGCCCGUCAUCCUGCAGGGACUCACGGACAACUCGAGGUUCCGGGCCCUAUGCUCCCGCGAAAGAUUGCUGGCGUCGUUUGGAGACAGAAUGGUCCGGCUGAGCACCGCCAACACGUACUCCUACCAGAAAGUGGACUUGCCUUUCCAAGAGUAUGUGGAGCAGCUGCUGCACCCCCAGGACCCCACCUCCCUGGGCAAUGACACCCUGUACUUUUUCGGGGACAACAACUUCACUGAAUGGGCCUCGCUUUUUCGGCACUACUCCCCACCCCCAUUUGGUCUGCCGGGUACUGCUCCAGCGUACAGCUUUGGAAUCGCAGGAGCCGGCUCGGGGGUGCCCUUCCACUGGCACGGGCCUGGGUACUCGGAAGUGAUCUACGGCCGAAAGCGCUGGUUCCUCUAUCCACCUGAGAAGACGCCAGAGUUCCACCCCAACAAGACCACGCUGGCCUGGCUCCGGGACACAUACCCAGCCCUGCCACCGUCUGCCCGGCCCCUGGAGUGCACCAUCCGGGCUGGUGAGGUGCUGUACUUCCCCGAUCGCUGGUGGCAUGCCACACUCAACCUUGACACCAGCGUCUUCAUCUCCACCUUCCUCGGCUAGCCAGAGCAGUCAGCAGGCAUUUCUGCCCCACAGAGCACUUCCUCACCUUGUGCUCACGGAUUUUAUUACACAGACAGUGGCCGAAGGGGCCUCAGCCCAGCCCAGCCCACCCUCACCUGCUUUUCCAGCCCAGAAGUGGGGACGGGGAGGAUCACGGCCCGGCAAGAGCUACGCUGAGAGGGGAACAGUCCAGAGCCCAACAGCAGAACUUGGGGGGAGGGGAAGAGGGUGGCCAGGGACACAAACUAUGUACAGGGGCCGGGGCCUUCUGCCCUCCUGGGCCAGGACCUCGCUAGGGUGGGGGGCCUCAGUAGUCUUCUACCCAGCCGUUCUCAGAGAUGAACGCGUCAAUGACCUCCUUCAUAGCCAGGUUGGGAAUAAGCUGUUCCUGCGUCAGGGGGCUCCGAGUCACAGGGUCAAAAUGACCCACACGCUGCAGCGACAACAGGCAGAGGAUGCUCAGCGGGCCCAGGAGCGUGCUGCUGGCCCUGCCCACCCCCUGGCCACAGCCUGACCUGCAGGUGCUCCUCGAUGUCCUUGCGGUCGUAGGUGAUGCCACUGGGCGUGAUGCAGGGCUCCCGCAUCAGCUCAAAGCUGAUCUUGCCGCACAGGUAGUCGGGGAUGUCUCGCUUCUGUGGCACACGGGCACGGGGUCAGAGGCUGGGGAAGGGCCUGCUGUGGCACCUGCCACCCACAGCAACACUCACCUUCCUCUUCUCAUCCACCUGAGAGAAGAGCUCAUCCAUGUCCGCCAUGUAUUUGUCCUGUGGAAAGUUGAGCAGUGCUUGGGAGGGACACCCCACCUCCCUCCUCCGGGGCACACAGACCCAACACGAGGCAGGGACACACGGACCCACAGCAGGGUGGGGACGCUCCCGCGCCACGUGCGCACACACAGACCCACGUGUGGAUGGGGGCACCCUCACGUGCUUGGCCUCAAUGCAGGCCUGCUGGGCCCGGACGUGGCUGUCGUCGUCAUCACCCUCAUGGUUCCGCUGGCACUCUUCCAGCUCCCUGGGGGAUAAGCAGGGGCCCGUCAGAGAUGGACCUGGCCAAGAGAUGUCUGACCACACCCACCCCAACCUCAAGGCUAACAUCUAGGCUGCUUCCCCACAUUUACUACUCGCCAGUAAAAGCAAUAAACAUA